UCUCCACCCCAUUCACUACCAUUAUAACACUUGGAAGAGCCAGGACAUUUUUAGCCUAAAUAUAUCUCCGAUUGUUUUCGUCUGAAAGAAGAUGGUCAUAUACACCUAGGAUGGCUUGAGGGUGAAUAAAAUAUGGAAUAAUUUUCAUUUUUUCAUCAUCACUUUAAUACUGAUGUAUUUUUAUGUCGUAGAAUAAAAUGUGAAAGUAUCUUGAGCUUGUGUUAACCACGAACCUUAUUUCAGCCAUUUAACCAAAAUCCUAUUAAAAAAACCCAUUGAUUUUGGGACGAUGGAACUGGAAGUGCUAAAAAUGCUAACUCGCUUCUGGGUUUUGGCCUACAAAAUGCGUCAUAGUUCCACCACACUAUUAUGGUUACUUAUGGUCCUUUCCACCAACCAAAGAUAAACUGCUUUCGCCAGAUAGGCCUGUGGCUGUAGAACAGAUUAGAUGAUCUGAUUCUAAACAUUUUAGUUGACAUCUUUUGUGGUGAGGGCUUUGUUUCUCAGGAGUAGGAGUGAAUCAAAGUUGGCAGUGCUGUGGAGGCAGCUGUCUUACACCAAACCAACCAACCACACGAUUGAAGUCAACCUCAUUCAUUCAGAAAGAAGAAGCCCAUCAGAAACUGCACUACAUCACCAUCUAUACCUGAUACACUGUACCAACGAGAUGAAUGUGAACAUUCCUCAGCUGGCAGACUCUUUGUUCGAGAGAACCACCAACACCAGUUGGGUGGUGGUCUUUAAGUCCCUAAUCACAACACACCACCUCAUGGUAUAUGGGAACGAGCGAUUUAUUCAGUACUUGGCCUCCAGGAACACAUUAUUCAACCUCAGUAAUUUCCUGGACAAAAGUGGCCUACAAGGUUACGAUAUGUCAACGUUCAUUCGGAGGUAUAGUCGAUAUCUGAAUGAAAAAGCCGUCUCAUAUCGACAGGUGGCAUUUGACUUCACGAAAGUAAAGCGUGGGGUGGACGGAGUGAUGAGAACCAUGAACACAGAGAAGCUCCUUAAGACCAUCCCCAUUAUACAGAACCAGAUGGAUGCCCUUCUUGACUUCAAUGUCAAUGCCAAUGAACUAACCAAUGGGGUUAUUAAUGCAGCCUUCAUGCUUCUUUUCAAAGACUCCAUUCGACUUUUUGCAGCUUACAAUGAAGGGAUAAUAAACUUACUAGAAAAGUACUUUGAUAUGAAAAAAGUUCAGUGCAAAGAGGGUUUGGACAUCUACAAGAAAUUCCUUACCCGAAUGACACGGAUCUCAGAGUUCCUCAAAGUGGCAGAGCAGGUGGGAAUAGACCGCGGGGACAUACCUGACCUGUCUCAGUUUACAGUCUGUGCCCCCAGCAGUCUUUUGGAUGCCCUGGAGCAACACUUGGCUUCAUUAGAAGGGAAGAAGGUGAAGGACUCCACCGCCGCCAGCAGGGCAAGCACACUCUCCAAUGCCGUGUCAUCUCUGGCCAGCACUGGCAUGUCUUUCACCAAAGUGGAUGAAAGGGAAAAGCAGGCAGCUCUGGAGGAGGAGCAAGCGCGAUUAAAAGCACUAAAGGAACAGAGGCUGAAGGAGCUCUCCAAGAGGCCUUCGUUUGCUACGACUGACACUUCUCCAGUCUCCACCACAGCAGCAUGCAUCAGCACAGCUCCUGCCAUAGACCUGUUCUCCACUCCCAGCUGCUCAAAUGGUGCCCUGAAGAUGGAGAGCGACCUCUUUGACUUGCAGACUAACUUUCAGUCGGGCAUGCAGCCUGGACCCUCUGUGGCCACGGCAUGGGGAGAUCCUUUCUCUUCUUCUGAAGCUGUAGAUGACUCCAUUCCAAACCUAAACCCUUUCCUAACCAAACUUGUUGUUGAUGGUGCUCAUCUACCCGUUAUGUCAUCAGAUGGUGUUAGUUUCUCCUCUAGGACGUCAGGUCAUGAGAUUUUUGGUGAUCAGUACAAUCCCUUUAUUGAUUCAAGUUCAUCUGUAUCAACCAAUUACAAACGCACUGUGCGGAUAGAGCACUUAAUCUCAGACUCAUUUGGUCAACCGUCUAUGGCCCAGCAUCUCCCAAACCCCUCUCCCUUCCAGUCUGAGCCCUCCACUGUAGCAGGCCUAUUCAGAGGAUACGGAGCUUCACAGAUCCCUCCUCCACAGAGCUCAGGCGAGCUGCAUGUUGAUUUUGAGUCUGUUUUUGGUACUAAAGCUGCCUCGUCCAAUAGCCUGGAUACAGAUGCAGGGAUUUUGAAACCCACUGUGGCCGGCUCAAAUCAGUCCUCCAAUCAGCUCCCAGAGAAACUGGUGUCAGACGACCUGGAUUCUUCCUUGGCCAACCUUGUUGGAAAUCUUGGUAUUGGAAAUGGUACCACUAAAAAUGAUAUCCACUGGAACCAACCAGGAGAGAAAAAAUUAACUGGUGGAAUGAACUGGCAACCCAAGAAUGCUCCAUCUACUACAUGGAACCCUGUCUCUAUGCCACCAUCUAUCAUGGCUUUCCCUGCUACAACACCUACAGGAAUGAUGGGAUAUGGCAUGCCUCCACAGUUGCCCUCCAUGGCCAUGAUGACCCAGCCCACAAUGAUGUACACACAGCCUGUCAUGAGGCCAUCCAAUCCGUUCGGAUCAGUGUCCAGCGCACAGCCCUCCGCUGCCUCUAGCCCUUCCAGUCAGAGUCCUCUCAGAGCCCCAGGACAAGACCCCUUUGCACAGCUCUCUCUCAAGGAUUUCUUGUAGAGCUUCGUCUUUUGUCUAGAUGCAGUUUAUGUAACACAAAAUGAAGUUGCUCCCUGAUGUCAAACCAUUAAGCUCUGUCCUCUGUGCCGGGAUGCUCUUCAGAGGACCAAUCCCACAACAUACUCGACGUCAAAGAUGUAAACCAAGUGUGUUGAAAGACUGGGAGCAUACUGCAAUCAUUUCGUAAUUUGUUUAAGAUGUCAAGUGAUGCUGCUGUUCAGCCCAUAAAGGGAUUCCUCAUACAUUUUAUAAUCUGUUAAGGUAGGUAAGGGCAUUGAGAGACUUUGAUAUUUUGUGUUCUGAGAAGCUAUAGUUUGAUUUUCCUGCUAGAUGGGUUUUUUUUCCUUUGACCGGGAGCUUCUGAUGAGAGGUCUUGUGGCGAAUGUCGACCUAAAUCGGAGUAUAACUCAGCAUCUGAUAUAGUAUGUGUUAUGAAAUAGUAACAGUAAAUUUGUUUUACAUUUUAUCUUUUAGUUUUACUUUAAUUGUAUUCACCAGUAGACCUUUCUUGCGUGUCGUUUGUAUUUAUUUAUGAUUAAUGCCUAAAAAAAUAAAAAAGGAGAGUUUACGAAGUACAUUGGGGAAAAAAUAUAAAUAAUAAUUCAACAUUAUUCAUGGGUGUUGGAUUGUAUAAUGAAGGUUUAGACUUUUAAAAUAGAUAUUAUGUGAAAAAUACACCUGUAAGCUAAAUGAUAGAGCACUAACUAUUCUCUAAGUUUUAUGUCUAGAACAACUUCCCGUAGAUGAAACGUUGGCAGCCCAAGGCUAUUGGGAGGGUAAUCAUUAGUGAAUGGUUUGUUAAACUGUUUAGUUGAUACUGUGCUUAGGGGUUUUGCAAUGAGAUAUUUGUUGGAGUAGAAAAGCACUUCCUCCGUUACUAUGAAGUGUUGCACUUGGGAAGGGAGGUGUUCUGCAUUAUGCAUGGCAUGCCAUCAUUUCACACGGACCGUUAGAUAUGGCUGCCCCUGAUCUGAAUGUUAAGAGUUGCCCUCAUGUUUCAGACUUCUUGUCAAGUUAAGCACCCUGCUCUCUAAAAGUCCAGGAAUACUGAACGGGAGCUGGACGCUCCUCUAGCUAUUGGUCACGGACAGGGUUAUUGAUAUCACUGUAAAUUUGAAGUGUAAAAUAUGAGAAUCGCUGACUGGGAGACGGUUCGAGCACUGUUGAUCGGUGCUUUUAUGUAUAUAUACAUAUAUCACGUAGGCAGUUUGUCCAGGGGUUGGCUAAGGAUGGUUUGAAAUAUGAAAGCAAUUCAAUCAAAUCGCAAUUGACCUAAGUUUUACUGAAUAAUUUCUGUGUUCUCCUCACGGAUCAUUUUUUUUGUUUUGUUUUAUGUAUUUAAAAGAUGUAAGAACAAUUAGUGAACUCUUUCUUUUUCAAAUAAAGUGCAGCUUCCACAAA